AUGGCGCGAACGCAGACCACAGCGAAGGGCCGCGCAAGCAUGGGAGGGAAGAGCACACCGGGGCGGAUAGGCGGAAAGGCACCACGAAGAAGUGGAGGAGCAAUGCCAAUCGCAAGUCCUGGGCGGAGGAAACCACGAUACAAACCGGGAACGGUGGCGUUACGGGAGAUCCGACGAUACCAGAAGUCGACCGAGUUGCUCAUGGCCAAACUGCCUUUCUCGCGUCUGGUGCGAGAAGUCAGCAUGAACGUCGCGCCCUACAAUACCGCAAUCACGCGAUGGCAGUCGCAAGCGAUCCAGGCACUGCAAGAGGCCGCCGAAGCCUUUCUCGUGCACCUGUUUGAGGACACGAAUCUGUGUGCCAUCCAUGCGAAGCGCGUGACGAUUAUGCAAAAGGACAUACAGCUUGCGAGACGGAUACGAGGGGCUUGGGGUGGAUUGGGAUGA